AUGGCGGUGCCCAUGGAGAACGUGUUGUCUGCUUUGAUUCCAAUUUAUUUUGAAGAUUCUAGCUCUCUUGAACAUGUUCCAAACAUUAUCGGGUUUACAGAUGAUCACCAGUUAUUUUCUUUGCAGAAAACUAGCUCUCUUCAUCCAGUUAUUAGUCAUGUUCAUAAUUGUUUGAAUUCUUCUAAUAAAAGAUUGGAAGGGUUAUUGCUACUAGAGACGUUAGUAAAACAGUCAUCAACAUUAGUGUUUACAGAUAAUAUCUACACCUGGAUUAAACUUUUACUACAAAUAUUAAAGUCUCCAGGAGAAACCACUUUCCACCAACAGUCCUGUAAAAUAUUAUCAAUGAUAAUUAAAUCAUCAACAUCAUUUAGUGAAAUAAGUCGAGAAAUAUCAACUAAUAUUAUACCCCAGUUAUUACCAGUUCUCUUAUAUUCUCAACCAUUGUUUAGAGAGGAAGCUAUAAGUUGUAUUAAAGUUUGUGCUGAAUCUUAUCCAGGUCCAACUGGUAGUUUCAGGAGUAAAAUAGAGAAAAUAUUAUUAAUCGAUCUACAAAGUGAAGUUCCUAAAACUGAUUCCCCAUCAUGUCUAGCUAUACUAGGUAUCUGUGGGGGUGGGGGUAAAAAUAGAAUUAAACAUACAGAAGGAUGGUCUAUACAGUUUACUAAAAUAUAUUCCACUUUGAAUAAUACCAUAUCAAUGUUAUAUCAGCCGCUUAAUACUGAUGAACAAUACAAGGAAAGUAAUGAUGGUUUUCAACUGAAUAUAUUACCAGAAACAUUAUCUGAGAGAAACCAUAUAUUAUUACAUAGGUUAUCAAUAUUUACACAGGUUUUAUCUUCAUUAUUAACAGAAGAUAUGACAGCAGUAGCUAAAGUACCUGUAGAAGAUAUCUUAAGAUUUAUUUGUCAAUGUUUAGAAGUUAAAGGCAAUAUUUUGUUAAGAAGACCGACUACAGAUAAUUUAGUAUUAUUAUCUAUUUUACCAACAAUACAUAGAACCAGUUUAACUUUGUUACAUAACUUAAUUGUCAGUUGUGGAAAUAUUUUGAUACCAUUUUCAUCAACUAUAAAUAAAUUACUGAUAGAAAGUUUAGUUUGGACUAAUAAUAAAACACAAUAUGGUCAACAGAAACGUUACAGUACAUUAAGAAAUGAAGUAUAUCAAACUAUGUGUAUAUGGUUAAAGAAACUAGGUGCAGCCUGUAAUAUUGUAGAAGAAGAGAAAGAUUUAAUUCGAGAGUUGAUUCAUGAUAUAACACCACCUAUAGAUGUUAUAAAGCUAUCUUCUACUGGUGUACAUAAUGGUUUUGAACCUCCUAAAAAGAAGAAAAAAAAUAUGGGAUAUCAAGAUUUAACACAGAGCAUGUCAUCUUAUAGGAAAAUAGACACCUCUGCUAAUUCUGAUCUGACAUCAACUUGUUUGAAAGCCUUACAGUUGUUUGUAUUUUACUUUGGUUCAUCUUUAAAAUCUAAAUCAUAUAAGGAUAUUGGUGAAACAGUUAUAAGUAUUAUACUAGAUAUACAGUGUUCUCAUGAUAAUUUACCAAUACCUUAUCAUGAUGUAUUGUGUCGUAAAAGAUUAUAUGGUGUAUUAAAAUCUUGUAUUAUGUCACCACAUUCUAAUACACCAUCCUUAUUACAAUGUGCUGUUAAAAUAUUUGCUGUUGGACAGAGAGAUAUGAGUAUAAAGGUUUCCACAUUUUGUAAAGAAUGUUCAGCUAUAUGUGAAUGUUUAUAUCAUCCAAGAGCUCCUUGUAUCAUGGGACCAAAUAUAGCUACAUCAACACUUAACUUUGAUAGACAAGUUCAGCAGAACACUGAGGAUUCAUCAUCAACAGAUGUUACACCAUUCAUCAAGGUGGACAAACAGCAAUCUGUCAAACGUUUAUCUCUCUCUCGUUCUCAAAUAGAACGCACAUCAUUAGGGCCAGUAGAAGAACAAGUUGUUAUGAUGGAAACUGUAGUGAAGGAAUCAAUUAUAGAAGGGAAUUUAGAGUCUGAUAAUGAUGACAAUAAUGAUGAUGAUGAUGAAGAAGAUUUGGAAGAACUAGAGGUAGAUCCAGCUGAUGAUAUGAAGUCCAGUUUGUCACUACCUACAGAGAUUCAAUUGAACUCAUCUACUGUAGUUAUUGAAACUGAGACAACAGUUAAAACUCAGUCCUCAGAAGAGAAAAAAGAUUCAUUAAAGUCAGCAACAAUAUCAACUUCUCAACAGGGAAUAUUUUGUCUUGUCUACUUUAAGAGUAAAGAUGUAGAUGAUAUGGUGAUGUGUUUUGUUGAUGCUGACCCAGAUGAAAAAGAAUAA